AAACGAGCGCAGUCGGUUCUUGAACACUCGCGGAACAAGUAAGCCUCGGCACACGGCGAAAAGCCAUUAGUCUUUGUUUUUGAAACUCCCGGUCCAGCAUCUUUUUGCGUUAUGCGCGUUAGACCCCGCGCGGAAAUGAGACUCCGUUCCCGCAGGGGGCGCUCGCGCAGCCGAGCUGCGGUCAAGCGGGAGGCGGAAGUGCACGCCCGAGAAUGCCCCGAGAGCUCAGCCGCUAAACAACACGCUCUUUCGCUCGCCGUCUUCUUGUUGAGGAGCUUUUUGUUUCGUGUGUGUGUGAGCGCGCGUGCUGGCACGGCGCGGAGCGUGACUGCUGGGCGCGCGACUUUCUGCCGCGCGCCUUGUUGUUGUUUUUGGUGGACUUUGGCUUGAAUGGCUGCCUGCCGGCUAGCGUCGACGCACCUUUGACCUCUCGUGUGGAAUCGCACCCGCUGUCUUCUCCUCGUUCACGAAGCACCUUCAGUGCGGUGGCUUCACACUUUACCCACAACACCCCCCCCCUGGCCACCCCCCCCACACAGCACGUUUUUCGUAACCCUCGACAGGUGCGCCGCCUUCUCACCUUACCCGAAAGCCGCGGCUUUGACGUCGGCUAACGCUAGCUUCACACCGAGCGAGACGCGAAUGUCGUCGUUGAGUCGAGCCGUCGAUAAAACGGCGCCUUCACUUGCUUACUUUGCUUUGUCGCGACGGCAGUAGACGCCCACCCCGUUUGUACGCUGCAGUGUACCCCCGCCCCCCUUUCCCUUUAGACGAGGCGAAGAUAUUAGAGGAGUAAAGAAAUAUAAAAAUAGUAAUAAUCAUGGCACAGCAGCAAAUAUAAACUGCGCAAAACUGCGCCCCUAGCGGAAGCGCGUUUAAUUGUUUUGCCCGUCACCGGUGUAGACGGAUAAAGAAAGAUACGCUCUUGGCAGUAAAGUAAACUAUUUUUUCAGAGCGAUUCAGUGGUCCGCAGUGCGCUACUCAAGCUAGGCUCGCUAGCAAGCCUUUCCUCGGACACCUUGCGAGUCGAAGCGAAGGAAAAUGAGCGGGUCGGAGAGGUCGUGGUUGUGAAGCCGCGUAAGAAACGGACACUUGAGCGGGCGGGCGGGAGCAUGGUGGCCACGAGGACGGCGCUAGCGGCGGCUCGCUGAGCGACGACAUGAGUCUCCGCCAGCCAACCUGCGCCCUGGACAGCCCCUUGGCCGCCUGGCUCAGCAGUCUGACCGUCGGGGACUCGGAGCCGUCGGCCGGUCGGCGACGGGACUCGCUUUGCGACGUCCCCGGCGAGGGCGCCGGCGCCGGCCUGCUCCAGCGAUGCGUGGUGGUGCAGAAGGACCGGCUGGGUUUCGGCUUCACCAUGUGCGGAGAGCGGCUGAAGCUGGUUCAGAAUGUGCGAGCAGGUGGCGCUGCCGUCAAGGCCGGAGUCCGGGAAGGAGACCGAAUUGUAAAGGUGAACGGGUCGCUCGUGUCCUCCAUGUCCCAUCAGGAGGUGGUUAAGCUCAUCAAAGCUGGAACCUACGUCGCGCUCACGCUCCAAGGACCGCCCCCUUCGCCGUCACCCCCGCCCGCCGAUCCCGCCCCGGCUCGGAGACCGCUUCCCCCCGGGGAGAACGCACCUUCGCCGUCGGGACCGAGCGGCAGCCCCUCCCGGAGAAUCACCGCACCCAAACCACUCCGGGACUCGGAGGUGCAGAGGCAGGCCUCUCAGAUCCUCAGGAAGAUGCUGCACCAGGAAGAAAUGGAGCUGCAGGCCUUAAUGGAGGAGCGGCGCCGCAGGCCGUCGCCGUCUCUGGAAGAGCGAAUCCGAAGCGCCGAGAGGCGAGCUCAGCAAGUGCGCCUCAAGCUGCCGCCGUCUCCUCGGCCCGGCGGCGCCAACAAGGACAAAGAGGCCCAGGACAGGAAGAGGAAUCCCAUCCUCAAGUACCUGGGCAAACCUGGCGGCGGGUUGCAGUCCGCGCCUCCGGGAAGCGUCAGGAACAUCGUGGAGCGCUUUGAGAGCCACCCGGAGGACGGCGGAGACCCGCCGACGGCCUCGGCGGAAGACGGCGGCGACAGGAGCGCGGAGUCGCCGCCGCCAGACACCGACGCCCUCGAGGAGGAGGAGGAGGAGGCGCGCCAGACUCCCCAUAGGCAGGAGACGCCGCCGCCGCGGGACCGCGAGCGAGCCGGAGUGGCCCAGGCGGCGCUGCGGGAUGUGGAAACGCUGCGGCGACUCCUCCUGGCCGUCACGCGCGAGGACGCCUUGCGAGACUCGCCUGAUGAAAGGCCGCCAGAAGGAAACGUCUUCGGCUCGGGCGAGAGCGCCACCGACCCGACCGAUGAAGUGACGGAUGGCGGGCGGGGGAGGCACCCGUCGGAGGAGGCGCCGUGGCACGCGGUCAACGAUGUGGAGGGGGUCUUCCGCACCGUGGAGAACCUGACGAGCAAGCUGCGUCGGCUCAAGGACAUGGAGGGCGAGCAUCGCAAACUGCUGACGUGGCUGCGAGAGCCGUCGGCCCCACGGGAGGAGGAAGACCGCGGCUGGGCGGACGGCAAGGAAGCAAGUCCGGCCCAGCCCAGGAAUCAAACCACUGGACUGUGAGAGCCAUUGGAAGCACCCCACGGGCAACCUCCGAUCACCCAGCACUUUAGCCGCAACGCCCCCCCCCCACAACCCCCUUUUUCUUUUCUUCCCACCGUGAACCGAUUGACUGUGUUUCGCAAGUCUUAGGCCAGAGGUUCUCCGGACCCCCAUCGGUCAGCGGGCAACAAGUUGGCGGCGACAUGCCAAGUUUGAUUCUGGACUGGUUUUCAUGUCUUUCAAAUCAAAGUAAGCGGAUGAGUAACGAUGUGAGAGAAGCGAGUCAUUUUCUUUCUUGAUUUCAAAAGUCAAACUGAUCGCGUUAUUGCGUGACUUUGAUCACAUCAUGCACCUUUUUUUUCUUCUUCUGUAUCCUUGGUAUGGCGACAUGUCGCUUCCGUGCGAGGGGGCGUCUUUUUCAGUGAGAUGGCAGAUGAAGCCCCCCCCCCCC